GUAAGCUGUGAAUAAUUAAAUUCGAGCAUUGGAAAACUCUCUGCACAAUCUAGUGACCUUUGAAAAUUGACUCAGUCGACUCGUGUCUGUUGCGUGUCAAUCAAACACAAAUCUGAGCACAUCUGCAGCUGUACACAGUGAAAAUUCAGUCAAACGCAAACAAAACAAAUAACGCAAGCAAAAAACAGAAUGUUUGGCUGCCUCAAAAUGUAUAAGAAUGCAAGGAUGCUGCCCCGUGGACCGGCAGUCAGCGCUCUCUGGACUCGCGAGCAGAAGACCAUGCCGGUGUACGAUGACGUUCGUAAGAAGCCGGCCAAGCGGGGCUACUCACCGUUUGGACGGAACCAGAACUCCUGGUCGGAGUGGACGCUGGCCAGAAUGGACGAUCUGCUGAACUGGGGCCGCAAGGGGUCCAUGUGGCCGAUGACCUUUGGCCUGGCCUGCUGUGCCGUCGAAAUGAUGCACAUUGCAGCGCCGCGCUACGACAUGGACCGCUUUGGCAUGGUGUUUCGCGCCUCACCCCGCCAGACGGACGUAAUGAUUGUGGCCGGAACGCUGACCAACAAGAUGGCGCCGGCACUGCGCAAGGUGUACGACCAAAUGCCCGAGCCACGUUGGGUCAUCUCGAUGGGGAGCUGUGCCAACGGCGGCGGCUACUAUCACUACUCCUACUCUGUGGUUCGCGGCUGCGAUCGCAUCAUCCCCGUGGAUAUCUACGUGCCGGGCUGCCCGCCCACGGCCGAGGCUCUACUGUACGGACUGCUGCAGUUGCAGAAGAAGGUUCGCCGCAUGCGCACCCUGCAGAUGUGGUACCGAAAGUGAACCAAUCGACUGUAAUGUAAUGUUAGUGCUGAAAUA